AUGGAGCGUGGAGGUGAAGCGGGGAGGUUCGUGGGCGCUGAACGCGACACAGAUAAGAUUCCGAAGGCGUUGGCAUCCGAAUUCGCCGAGAACACAACGUCCGAACCCUCCGAAGAAAGCAGAGAACCCAAGCGACCUCGAAUAUCUGACGGGGAGGAGAAGACGAAGAAGAAGAUGGAGAAACUUGAACUUGAUGUGGCCAACACACCCCUACUCGUCGAACAAACCGAGCUAGGAGCACAUCACAAGCGUCCUAUUUCUCCUCGCGGCAGCCGGCCCGAGAGUGCUGAACUUGAUGAAGAUGGAUUGCAGCCGUCGGUUAAUUCAUGCCCUUCCCAUGGUCACUCGAUUGGCGGUCCUUCCACCAUUCACCCAAAUGUUCCCUCCUCACCUAAGUCCCCCGACGACGCUUCUCAACAACGCCGGCAGAGAGUAGAGUCAACCGCCAGGGACACGAUCAGAAACAGCCCUUCAAGAUACUCAACCACAGUCACAACUCAUCCGCCGGCGCAUCCAUUGUCCCCUCCUAUGGAUAACCCAAUAGUACAUAUUCUCAUAACAUCCGAAAUUCCAAACACCAAGCCACUGCUUGCUCAGCGCAAAAUGUCUCAGGCACUGAAGGAUGUUCGUUUAGCGUGGUGUGAGCGGCAAGGAUUUACCCCCGAAGCAACGUCAUCUGUCCACCUUACCUGGAGAGGUCGCAGGGUGUUUGAUGUCACCACCUGUAGAAGUCUAGGCAUCAAAAUGGACAAGACGCCUGCGGCUAUAGAUGAUGACCCUCUCACGGACCAGAUUCAGUUGCAAAUUCACAUGGAGGCGGUCACCAAUGACCCUCUUCUGUUGAAUCGACCUGGCUCCUCUCUAGAUGCAGGCGACCCUUCUCCUGCUCGACGGAGCCCCGGAGAGGAGCAGCACGACGAGCCGAUGAAACUGAUUUUGAGAAGCCCUGGACUGGAUGACUUCAAGAUCAAAGCUAGACCCAAGACUAGUGUGUCUAAACUGAUAUCGGCUUUUCGAGACAGACAGAAUAUCCGCAUGGACCAAACCGUAUCUCUUCUCUUUGAUGGAGAUCGACUGGAUCCCAAUACUUGCCUUGGCGACCACGAUAUUGCGGACCUUGACAUGGUGGAAGUGUUGGUCAAAUGA